UACCCUCUCAGUCAAAAUUUCAAGUUUCUCAGUCUCUAAAAAGCUUAGAGACAACGCUGGUAACAUGGUGAGUGUGCAUUUACGUCAUAUAAACAGACCUAAUACUGUCAAAACAAAAUGUCUGAAAGAAAAGGUUUUCAAUAACAAUUAAUUUAUUAAGAGGAUUUAGAAAAUAUAUAUUCUAAAACAAAAUUAGAAAACAAAUAUUACACUUGCAUUUAAAAGUAAACAUUUAAAAAAUGAAAUGAAAUAACAAACAUUACUUUAAAAUAUAUCAAAUAUGUACAUAUCUUAAACAACAUUUCAAAAACUACAUAACUGCAAUCUGAACAUUGCAUUGAAUGUAAACUAUAAAACUUACUGGUGUUUAAACCAGGUUAACUUGCCAAGUGUUUUUCUGACUCGCUUGCCAGUGGCAGUGUCUGUGAACGACUUGGCCAAGUGAUGCAGCCUGAUCUUGGAGAAGCACCAUAAAACAAUACUGUGGCAGGGUGACUGAGCGGUGACGUCAGGCAGAAGCAGGAACAAAAACUGACACCAGGGACGUACUGCAGACAGGCCUGCACUGUGAUUGGCUGCUGCUGUCGCCAUGGCGAUGCGAGAGCUGGUGGAGGGGGAGUGUGGGGGGGCCAACGCCCUGAUGAAGCUGACCACUCACAUGACCCAGGAUAAAACGCUGCGGCCGGAGGGGGCGUCGGCCUGGGAGCACCGGGGGGGUGGAGCCACAGCCAGCAUCCCCAAGCCAGUUGCUGUGUGCACGGAGGAUGAGCUGGUCAGCGAGUUCCUCCAGGGUGACUCCGCCCUCUCCAGAGCCCCACCCACUUUCAAGAUGGACGACCUGCUGGCCGAGAUGCAGGAGAUCGAGCAGGCCAGCUUCAGACACGCCCCCCAGAGAGCCCCUGGAGUGGCAGCACUCGCGCUGUCAGGUGAUUGGACUCAGGAGUUCAUCGCCACGGAAUCCUCUGCAGCCAAUCAGCAGCUUCCUCUCGAACCGGCAGAGUCUGAUUGGACCAGAGAGUUCAUCGCCGACACCGCAGACCCCAGCGCGCCGGUCAGGUGGGCUGAGGAGUAUCUGGAGCAGUCGGAGGAGAAGCUGUGGCUCGGAGACUUCGAGAGACAAGAGAGAGAGUGGACGGAGGAGUACCGACCCCCAGAUGACCUCAGAGACACAGCUAAUCAGCUGCUGGCAAAGGUGGACGACCCCAAACUGCAGAACACAGAGUUCCUGAAGUUCAUUAGGGAGAUCGGAGAGGGUCUUGUGACUGUAGACCACAAUGAAGUCAGGCAGUCCGAACAUGCAGAUCACUGGGCAGCUAAAUUCGACAAGUCGUCGGUGGAGUCCUGGGUUGAUGAGUUCACCAAGGCCCCAGCCCUCGUCUCAGAUACAGACUUUGAGAAGGCCCGUGCUGCAGUGGAGUCGGACGUGGAUUUCUGGGAUAAGCUGCAGGUGGAGUGGGAGGAGAUGGCAAAGAGAGACGCAGAGUCACAUCCCUGGCUCUCUGAGUUCGAUGAGAUUGUGACAUCGUCGUACGACAAGGGGUACCAGUUCGAGAGUGAGAACCCGCUGCUUGAGCACCCCGAGCCCUUCGAGGAGGGCCUGCGCCGGCUCCACAGGGGGGACAUCCCCAACGCAGUGCUGCUGUUCGAGAGCGCCGUCCAGAGGGACCCCCAGCACAUGGAGGCGUGGCAAUAUCUCGGAACCUCUCAGGCUGAGAAUGAGCAGGAGUUGGCUGCUAUCAGUGCCCUCCGCAGGUGCCUGCAGCUCCAGCCUGAUAACCUGGUGUGCCUCAUGGCUCUGGCUGUGAGCUUCACAAACGAGUCUCUGCACAAGCAGGCCUGCGAGACUCUGCGGGACUGGCUGAGACACAACCCUCGCUACAGCGGCCUGGUGAAGGAACGCGAGAGCGGGAGCGCGGGCGAGGCGCACAGGAGAGCAUUCGGGUCCCUGCUGCCAGACUCUCUCUUCUCGGAGGUCCAGUCUCUCUUCCUCUCCGCGGUCAGUUUGGACCCAUCUCAUAUUGAUCCGGAUGUGCAGUGUGGGUUGGGGGUUCUGUUCAAUCUGAGCAGCGAGUUUGACAAGGCCAUCGACUGCUUCAACACUGCGCUGAGUGCCAGACCAGAGGACUAUCUCCUCUGGAAUAAGCUGGGUGCCACUCUUGCUAACGGCAGUCGCUCGGAGGAGGCGGUGGAAGCUUACAGGCGAGCGCUAGAACUGCAGCCGGGCUUCAUCCGCUCCCGAUACAACCUGGGCAUCAGCUGUGUGAACUUGGGGGCGCACAGGGAAGCGGUCGAGCACUUCCUGGAAGCACUGCGCCUCCAGCGUUCUGCCAGUGGGGAGGGGCUUGCCAGGGAGGGGGGCGAGACCUCUACACUGGGGGGAGGGGCCACCUCAGACAACAUCUGGAGCACGCUCAGAAUGGCCCUGUCCAUGAUGGGGGAGAGCAGCCUGUACAGCGCCGCGGAUCAGCGAGACCUGGACACUCUGCUGAGAGUGUUCGGCCUGGAGAGGGAGGGGCAGUGAGGGGGCGGGGGGGGAGUCAGGAAGCGGGGACUGGCCUGCGAGUGUGAAGCCCACGGGCACACCCACUGUUUAGGGGAGCAGAGAGACUGGGACUGAUGUAACUACUCCACACCUCGGCCAUGGACAAUUAUGCCACUAUUAUACAUGUAAUAAUGCAACUGUACCCAGUGUUGGACAUCUUGGCUCCAGCUUCACUAUAUUUUAUACAGACUGAUUUCAUACUGGAGCCUAACUGCUUCCCUCCCUCCCAGCCCCUCCACAGCUCUAACCACUAGAGCCACACUGCUUCCCUCCCUCCCAGUCCCUCCUCAGCUCUAACCACUAGAGCCACACUGCUUCCCUCCCUCCCAGUCCCUCCUCAGCUCUAACCACUAGAGCCACACUGCCUCCCUCCCUCCCAGUCCCUCCUCAGCUCUAACCACUAGAGCCACACUGCCUCCCUCCCUCCCAGUCCCUCCUCAGCUCUAACCACUAGAGCCACACUGCUUCCCUCCCUCCCUCCCAGUCCCUCCUCAGCUCUAACCACUAGAGCCACACUGCCUCCUUCCCUCCCAGUCCCUCCUCAGCUCUAACCACUAGAGCCACACUGCUUCCCUCCCUCCCAGUCCCUCCUCAGCUCUAACCACUAGAGCCACACUGCUUUCCUCCCUCCCAGUCCCUCCUCAGCUCUAACCACUAGAGCCACACUGCCUCCCUCCCUCCCAGUCCCUCCUCAGCUCUAACCACUAGAGCCACACUGCCUCCCUCCCUCCCAGUCCCUCCUCAGCUCUAACCACUAGAGCCACACUGCUUCCCUCCCUCCCAGUCCCUCCUCAGCUCUAACCACUAGCCACACUGCUUCCCUCCCUCCCUCCCAGUCCCUCCUCAGCUCUAACCACUAGAGCCACACUGCCUCCCUCCCUCCCAGUCCCUCCUCAGCUCUAACCACUAGAGCCACACUGCCUCCCUCCCUCCCAGUCCCUCCUCAGCUCUAACCACCAGAACCACGCAGCUUCUCUCCCUGCCAGUUCUAACCAUGAGCCAGACUCCCUCCCUUCUCAGCUCUAAACAGUUAUAUAACGCAUUGUAAUUAUUAAAUAUUCAUCAUUUGUAAUAUAAAAAUGUUAUUGAUGAAAUGUAAAAAUAAUGGUACUUAAGCAGUAAUUGUUAAUUUGUAAAUGUAACAAAAUGAAACACAUGUAAAAAGA